AUGUUGGAGCCCGAAGACCCUGGAGGGACAUCCCUCCAGGUGUCUCAUGUAGUCACAAUCGAUGCGUCGGGAAUGGAAACGGAAGGUUCAAUUAUAGAUACAGACUGUUCGGAAAACACGAAAUCGGUUAAAAGAAAGAGAAUCUCAGCUAGAAACCAAAAGAAGAGAAGGAAUCACAGACCUUCGGGUCUAUCAGAUUGCCAACUUUCCCCUAACGAUUUAAAGGAUAAUGUUAUUACUAAAGCGCUUGAGUCUGAUGAUAAAAACACUGAAAUCCACCAUAAUGAGGCCGCUCACUCUAGCAAUAUUACAAGUAUAAGCUGCGAGACUGAAAGAGAUGAUGCUGUGUGUAUCUUAUGUUCUGGUUCCCAUUUUGCAACAGACAAAAAGUGUCCGGAGUAUGCUAGGCAAAAAGCUAUAAAAGAAACAAUGGCUAGAAACUCUAUAUCUUAUUCAGAGGCCAGUAAAGUCCAUCCACCAGUUUCGAAAUCUGACGUCGUUGCUUCUGCUUCAUUGGCCCCUUCUGCUCGAACUAUUACUUAUUCCAGCCCCUAUAAUUCAACAAGCCCUUCUAAGAGUCACACACAGUCAUAUAGGAAAACAGUAUUCUCGAAACCCAAAGGUCGUCCCAGAAAUACUAGUAAGGGAUAUGAUCAAAAAGCGCAUGCAGAGCUUAUCCAAGAUUACAGCAACAUUCCUUCCUUUUCUACAGGUUGUCUCAAAAAUUACAAAGAUCUAUCAGAAAUAAUAACAAAGGAUCUCAUCAUUUCUAUAAUUCAGUACCUUUCACGAUCUAACCUAAUUAAAAUACCGUCCAACGAUGCCGCUUCUUCAAAAAGUUUUUUAACUCAUGGACAGUCAGGACCAUCCACAAAACCAGUCUCUGGUGAUUCAAUGGAAUUGCCGGAGUAUUAA